GCGAGUGAGGAGAGCGCGACGGCGGCGGCGGCGGCGGCGGUGGCGGUGGCGGAGCCAUCACUGGACGGCCAGGGGGCAAGCGAGGCCCGAGCUUCUGCGUCUAGGAUCAGAAUGGUUUCAAUCCCAGAAUACUAUGAAGGCAAGAAUGUCCUCCUCACUGGAGCUACCGGUUUCCUAGGGAAGGUACUUCUGGAAAAGUUGCUGAGGUCUUGUCCUAAGGUGAAUUCAGUGUAUGUUUUGGUGAGGCAGAAAGCUGGACAGACACCCCAGGAGCGAGUGGAAGAAGUUAUUAGUGGCAAGCUCUUUGACAGAUUAAGAGAUGAAAAUCCAGAUUUUAGAGAGAAAGUUAUAGCAAUCAACAGUGAACUCACCCAACCAAAACUGGCUCUUAGUGAAGAAGAUGAAGAGAUCAUCAUAGAUUCUAUCAAUAUUAUAUUCCACUGUGCAGCUACAGUGAGGUUUAAUGAAAAUUUAAGAGAUGCUGUUCAGUUAAAUGUGAUUGCUACACGCCAGCUUAUUCUCCUUGCACAACAAAUGAAGAACCUGGAAGUAUUCAUGCAUGUAUCAACAGCAUAUGCCUACUGCAAUCGAAAGCAUAUUGAUGAAGUAGUCUACCCACCUCCUGUGGAUCCCAAGAAGCUGAUUGAUUCUUUAGAGUGGAUGGAUGAUGGCCUAGUAAAUGAUAUCACACCAAAGUUGAUAGGAGACAGACCUAAUACAUACAUAUACACAAAAGCAUUGGCAGAAUAUGUUGUACAACAAGAAGGAGCAAAGCUAAAUGUAGCGAUUGUAAGGCCAUCGAUUGUUGGUGCCAGUUGGAAAGAACCUUUUCCGGGAUGGAUUGAUAACUUUAAUGGACCAAGUGGUCUCUUUAUUGCGGCAGGGAAAGGAAUUCUUCGAACGAUGCGUGCCUCCAACAGUGCCCUUGCGGAUCUUGUUCCUGUAGAUGUAGUUGUCAACACGAGUCUGGCGGCAGCCUGGUAUUCCGGAGUUAAUAGACCAAGAAACGUCAUGGUGUAUAACUGCACAACAGGCAGCACUAACCCUUUCCACUGGGGUGAAGUUGAAUACCAUGUAAUUUCCACUUUCAAGAGGAAUCCUCUCGAACAGGCCUUCAGACGGCCCAAUGUAAAUCUAACCUCCAAUCACCUUUUAUAUCAUUACUGGAUUGCUGUAAGCCAUAAGGCCCCAGCAUUCCUGUAUGAUAUCUACCUCAGGAUGACUGGAAGAAGCCCAAGGAUGAUGAAAACAAUAACUCGUCUUCACAAGGCUAUGGUGUUUCUUGAAUAUUUCACAAGUAAUUCUUGGGUUUGGAAUACUGACAAUGUCAAUAUGUUGAUGAAUCAGCUAAACCCUGAAGAUAAAAAGACCUUUAAUAUUGAUGUACGGCAGUUACAUUGGGCAGAAUAUAUAGAGAACUACUGCAUGGGAACUAAGAAAUAUGUAUUGAAUGAAGAAAUGUCUGGCCUCCCUGCAGCUAGAAAACAUCUGAACAAGUUGAGAAACAUACGAUAUGGUUUCAAUACUAUCUUGGUGAUCCUGAUUUGGCGCAUUUUUAUUGCAAGAUCACAAAUGGCAAGAAACAUCUGGUACUUUGUGGUUAGUCUGUGUUACAAGUUUCUGUCAUACUUCCGAGCAUCCAGCACUAUGAGAUACUGAAGACAAGAAUUUAGCAUUAGAACAUCUAUGCAUAUGGUGGUCUAAAUGCACAAAAUGUAAAAUGUACUUAAGUCAUCUCACCUUUUGUCAAGACAUUAAACCAUCUUAGAUCAGAGUGUGGAGUAAAGUAUGGUACAUUUUAUGUAACAUUUUAAUGUUUAUGCUUAUAAAACUCUGGUGAACACACUGUGGUUAUGCCAGCUCAAAUCUACAAUAGCCACCAAAACCAUGACUUAACAUUUUGAUCCCUGGGGACAAGGGGUGGGGUGAGGGUAGCAGUGGGGAAAUAGGAACCCUGACCAGUAUAACUGUGCAAUUCUGGAACAUAUUAAUUAAAAUAUGCCUUAACAUUUAGUGAUUUCUAACUCUAAUAUAUAAUGCAGUGGAAAGCAUUUAUUUGGACAGGAAUACUUAGCUAAGUUGGUAGAUAUUUCAUUCUUCAGUGUUUGAUUUUUUUCAAUGGUUGAAGUGGGUUUUAGUUUUGUUAAAACUGUAGCCAAACUUAUUUUCACAUCAUUCUGUAAGUUAUUGAGUGGUCUCUGAUAUGAAAGACAUGUUCUCAAUUUCCUUUCUCUGAUUAGUGGUCUGAUGCACAUCAUUUUUGUAUAAGCAAUCAGUUGCUUCCGUAAUCAGAAGGCUGUAUGUUAUUCUAAAGACCCUACUGGAUCUAAAUAGGUUUGAGAAUCCAUAUCAACAUAUGCUAUGUAUUUUUUGAAGGAAAAUGAGAAUGAAUUCCAUAAGACUAUUAGUAUCAAAAAGAAUAGGAAUACAUUUUUCUUGUCCACAUUAUAACCAAAUAAAAAUUAGUCCUGUGAAA